AUGGACACAGGAUGUGUGCCGGGGACUCCCGAAAAGGAAAGCUCGGGCUGUGACGUCGCCGCCGCCGCCGCUACGUGCGCGCGCUCCCCGAGCGUGGCACCCGGUGCGCGCUGGGCCGCGGGUGCGCCGGAUAGGGACUGUGCGCAGAGUGCGGCCGGACGUCCCCGGGUGGGCUGCCUGCCUGGAGGCGGAGGUCGGACGAAAGAAGAGGAGAAGACGGUGGAGGCGGCGGCGGUGGUGGAGGAGCCAGCAACCUUGGUUGAGAUCGUGACGGCGGAGGUGGUGGAAGAGGCGGGGCGGGAGCUGGACCCAGACUCUGACUACAAAUUCCAACCCGGGGUGAGUUCUGACGACGAGGACGCAGAGGACCGGGAGGAUGAAGAGGCCACGGCUUGGCUGCAGGCGCGCCCCAGAGUUAUCUCUCCUCCUCCCCCGCCGCCGAUACACAGCUGCGCGCGGAGCGAGCGGACCAGCGCGAAGAAACCAGAAUCUUGGCAAUGCCUUCCUCAAGAAAUAGAUUCUUCCCUAACAUUGGAUGCUUCUCAGAUGGGGAUUAAUGUGAAACUGAAAGGAAAUGAAAUGACCAACUUUCUCUCUCUGGAGGAAGGUGUAUUAGUCCAAUCAGAAGAUCAAGUAAAGGAACCAAACAGAAAUCUUUUAUGUUCUCCAUUGCUAGUCAUACAGGAUAGCUUUGCUUCUCCUGAUUUGCCUUUGUUGACCUGUUUGACACAAGACCAAGAAUUUGGGCCUGAUUCCUUAUUUCACCAAAGUGAACUAGAUUUUGCGCCUCUGAGAGGAAUUCCUGAUAAGUCUGAAGACACUGAAUGGUUUUCUCGACCAUCGGAAGUUAGUGAAGCUUUAUUCCAGGCCACCUUAGAAGUACCUUCAGAUUUUGUUAGCAGUUGCUUUAGUAUAUCCCAGCACUCAAUUACAGAGGGCCUGCAGGGGAAUGCUGACUCUGAUGUCACCCUGGAUGAUGAUACUGAGUGCUGUUGCCUGGAAGAAAAAGCUGUUGUGUGCAGUGAAAGAGUUGCUGAGCUGCGAAGAGAGACAUGUGAUCAACAUGAUAUGACUGGUGAGUGUGUUAACCUAGAAGCUUUAGAGGAUUUGCUUGAUGAACUUUGUGAAGGCUCCCAGCACUGGCAACCCACUUUACAGCAACAGCUUGAGGAGGAGAGCAAUUUAAAGUCUGUAGAUCGUUCUCAUCUGGGCAUUAAUCAGUCUUUUUCAUCUGUAUUGCCCGAAUCUAUUCCUUAUGAACAAACCAGAGAGUUAGAACAUCGUUCUUCAAAUCUUAGAAUGUUGAGGUUCUCUCCAGACACUGUACCAAAGAGUCUUAAACAUUUAUCAGGAGACAACUCCAAAGAAGACAGAGUUGAAAUUAUUCAACCCAAGUUGUAUUCAGGCAUUACCACUUCUGGAGAUUCAGAUGUUGGAUCCCAUUUAUCCUUGUCCUCUGAGGACUUGCCUCAGUUGGCUGUGAAUUCUCAAAAAAAUACUCCUGGGCAGCACACUGAUACUCUUGGCCAAAAGGCCUUGCCAGACAGUUAUCAGACUACAAGUCUGAAAGUCUCACAUAUUACUGAACUACCUCAGCAGAAGACUGGGUUACCAACAGAACCUGCUACCUACUACUCCUAUGGUGAGAAGACCAACAUUUUGUACCAAGAGAGCUUGCCAGAUGGUCAUCUAACAGAUCAAUCACAGAAAGUUUCAGCUGUCCUUGGACCUGCUGAUCAGAAGACUGAGACAACAACAGUCCCCUCUUCUUCCUACUCAUAUAAAGAAAAGCCCAGUAUCUUCUACCAGCAGGGAUUGCCAGGUAGUUAUCUAACUGAGGAGGCUGUAAAAGUUUCAGCUAUUCCUGGAGCAUCAGACCAGAAGACUGGCAUAUCAACUGUAAGCGUUACUUCCCACUCACAUAGAGAGGAACCUGGUAUUUUCUAUCAUCAAGAGUUGCCAGAGAACCACUCUACUGAAGAGACUCCACAAAUUUCAGGUGUUCCUGGGCCACUUGACCAGAAGAGUAGGACACCACAUACAACCUCUACUGCUUAUUUACAAAGAAAGAAACCCAGUAGUUUGUAUCAAGAAGGCUUAUUAGAUGGUCAUCUGCCUGCACAGUCGCUGAAAGUUUCAGCUGUCGCUGGAUCAGCUGACCAGAAGACAGGUACACAAGCUGUAACCUCUCUUCCCUACUCAGAAAAAGAUACGCCUGAUAUUUUCUACCAACAGGCUUUACCAGACAAUCAUCUAACUGAAGAAACUCUGAAAGUUUCAGUGGCUCCCAAACCAGCUGAACAAAAGACUGGGAUAACUACAGUAUCCUCUACUUCCAACUCGUAUGGAGAGAAGUCCCAUACUUUGAAUCUAGAGACCUUGCCAGGAAGUCCUGUAACAGAUAAGAAUCUGAAAGUUUUGGCUAUUCCUGGUAUUGCUGACCAGAAAGCAGGGAUAGUUACUGUCUCCCCUUCCUCCAACUCACUUAGAGAGAAUAGCAUUGUUUACCAACAAGAGUUGCCACAGAGUUAUCUAACUGAAGAGACUGUAAAAAUUUCCACUGUUCCUGGACUUGAUGACCUAAAGACUGGGAAACUAACAACACAAUCUGAUUUUUACUCACAGAGAGAAAAACCUGGUGUUUCCUACCAACAGACCUUGUCAGAGAUUUAUACAACUAAAGAGCCAUUGAAAGCAUCAGCAUUUUAUGGAUUAGCUGACCAGAAAACUGGGAUAUCAGCAGUAUCUUCUGUUUCUCACUCACAUAGAGAAAAGCCCAGUAUUUUCUAUCAACAGGAGUUGCCAGGUAGUCAUCCAACAGCAAAAUCUCUGGAAGAAUCUGUUGUCCUAGGACCAGCUGAUCCAAAGACCAGGAUACCAACAGUAACCUCUGUUCCUUAUUCACUUAGAGAGAAGCCUAUUUCCUACCAUCAAGUCCCAUCAGAUAGUCAUCUACCUGAAGAGACUCUCAAGGUUUCAGCCAGCUCUGGACAAGCUGCCCAGAUAUCUGAUGUACCAACACUAACCUCUGCUUCCUACUCAUAUAAAGAGAAACCCAGCAUUUUCUAUCAAUACAAGUUGCUUGACAGUAAUCUAGAAAAUGCUCUAAAAAAUUCACCUGUCCCUGAAUCAGCAGAACAGAAGACUGGGACACCAACAGUAUCCUCUGCUUCCUACUCACAAAUAGAUAAACCUGGUGUUUUUUAUAAGCAGGUCUUGCUAAAGAAUCAUCAAGCUGAAGACACUUUGAAAGUUUCAUCAGUUCCUGGACCAUAUAACCAGAAAGGUGACCUAUCAACUGUAACCUCUACUUCCACCUUGUAUAGAAACGAACCUGGUAUUUCUUCCCAACAGAAGUUACCAGAGAGUUAUAUACCUAGAGAUUCUUUGAAAGUUUCAGCUUCUCCUAGACCAGUUGACCAGAAGACUGGGAUACCAAUAGGACCUCCAGAUUUCUACUCACUUGCUGAGAAACCUGUUAUUUUCUACCACCAAGUCUUACCAAGUAGUCAUCUCUCUGAAGAGGCUCUGAAAGUUUUAGCUGCUUCUGGAGCAGCUGAACGGAAGACUGGGACACCAACAGUAUCCUCUGCUUCCUACUCACAAAUAGAUAAGCCUGGUGUUUUUUAUAAGCAGGUCUUACUAAAGAAUCAUCAAGCUGAAGAUACUUUGAAAGUUUCAUCAGCUCCUGGACCAGAUAACCAGAAAGGUGACUUAUCAACUGUAACCUCUACUUCUACCUUGUAUAGAAACGAACCUAGUAUUUCCUCCCAACAGAAGUUACCAGAGAGUUAUAUACCUAGAGAUUCUUUGAAAGUUUCAGCUUCUCCUAGACCAGUUGACCAGAAGCCUGGGACACCAACAAGAUCUUCAGACUUCUACUCACUUGGCGAGAAACCUGUUAUUUUCUACCAACAGGUCUUACCAAGUAGUCAUAUUCCUGAAGAGGCUUUAAAAGUUUUAGCUGCUUCUGGGGCAGCUGAACAGAAGACUGGGACACCAACAAGAUCUUCAGAGUCUUACUCACUUGGAGGGAAACCCAUUAUUUUUUAUCAGCAGUCCUUGCCAGGUGCUCCUCAGUCUAAAGAGGUUUUAAAAGUUUUUGCUUCUCCUGGACCAGCUGACUUGAAGACUGAACAAUCAACAAUAUCUCCCACUUUCUUUUCACUUGGAGAGAAACCCAUCAUUUUCUACCAGCAGACCUUGCCCGAUAGUGAACUAACUAAAGGAGAUGUGAAAAUUUCAGUUGUUCCUAAAUCAGCUGAUCAGAAGACAGAGAUCUCUUCUACUGUAACCUCUUCUUAUUUAGACAGAGGGAAGAAUAUUAUUUCUGACCAGCAGGAGUUGCCAGAUAGUCACCUGACUAAAAAAGCUGAGAAAGUUUCAUUUGUUUCUGGACCAGUUUACCAAAAAACUGGGAUACCAACAGUAUCCUCUCCUUCUUAUUCAUACCCUAGUGUUUAUUAUGAGGAAGUGUUUCCAGAUCUUAAUAAAGAUGCUUCAAAAGUUUUAGGUGUUCUUGGACCUGCUGAAAAGAAAACUGGAAUACAUAUAGUGUCUUCUACCCCUUACUCUAAAGAGACGCCUGUUAUUUCUUACCAUCAAGUGUUGUCGGGUCUUAAUGAAGAAGCUUUGAAAGUUUUAGGUGUUCCUGGACCUUCUGACCAGAAGACUGAGAUAUACAUAGUGCCUUCUCCAGCCUAUUCACAGGGAGAGCAGUCUUUCAUUUCUUACCAGCCUUACCAGGAACAGUCAGAUCUGCCUGAAGUAGCUUCAAAAACAGGAGUGGUUUCUGGACCUGCGGGUCAGAAGCCCAAGAUACAAACCGUUUCCUCUGCUUCCUAUUCACAUGGAGAGAAGCCCAGUGAUUUUCAUCAGCAAGAGUCGCUAAAUAUUGCUAAAGAUGCUUUAGAUGUUUUUGUUCUUUCUGGAACAGAUGGCCAAACUUUUAAGGUACCAACAACACCUUUAAGUUUCUACUCAUAUAAAGAAAAGCCCAGUGUUUCCUCUCCGCAAGAAUUGCCAGAGAGCUAUCUUACUGAAGAAGCUCUGAAAAUUUCAGCUGUUUCUCCAGCAGUAGAACAGAAGGCUGGGAAACCAGAAGGACCUUCAAGUUCCUCCUUCCAUCAAGUGAAGCCCAGUGAUAUUUAUCAACAGGCCUUCCCUGGUAGUGAUCUAACUGAAGAGUCCCAGAAGGCUUCAGCUGUUCCCAGACUAACUGACCAGACAAAUAAGGCACCUACCUUACCACCUACUUUCUAUUCAUAUGAACAGAAACCCACAAUUUCAACUGUAAGUACACUGGAUGACCAGAAGGCUGAGUCACCAACAACUACUUAUAGUUCCUACUUACAGAAAGAAAAGCCUAAGAUUUCAACUGUGAUUGGCUUAAGUGACCAGACAACUCCAUCACUGACAGUUUUUCAUAGUUUGUAUUCUCAGAGAGUAAAACCUCAACAGCAGUUGCCAGAAAGACUUAAAAGUGGAGAUACUUUGAACAUUUCAAGUGUCCAUGAACCAACUUACAUAAAUACUGAGAUACCAGUAUCUCCCUCUGCUUCUUACUUAUACAGAGAAAAAUCUAAUACUUUCUAUCCCCAGGAAUUGCCAGACCGAUACUUAACUGAAGAUGCACUGAAAGUUUCAACAAUCCCUGAGUCAGCUGAUCAGAAGAUAGUGUUGCCAACAUCUCCUCCUCCUUUUUCAUACAGUGAAAAACAAAAUAUUUUCUAUCAAAAGGAUGUACCAGGUGCACAUCUAACUGAAGAUGCUUUGAAUAUUUCAACUGGUCUUAGGCAAGCUGAUCAAAUUACAGAAUUACCAAUAGUUUCUCCUGGUAAUUAUUUGCCUGAUGAGAAGCACAAACUUGUUUCAGAACACGUCCAAAGGCUAAAACAUAAUUUGGAUUCCUCUGACUCCAGUGUUAGGCCAAACAAUAUACCUUUAAAUUCUCAAGUUGAUGAUGGAGUUGUAACUAAACCAGAAUCUUCAGGUUUUGUAGAUACUGGCUUUGGGGAACUGCAAGGUACAGAAAAUAGUUCCAAAACGCUUAAAGAAAUUCGGACACUUUUAAUGGAGGCAGAAAAUAUAGCACUAAAACGUUGCAACUUUUCUGCUCCCCUCGUUCCCUUUAGAGAUGUUAAUGAUAUUUCAUUUAUACAAUCUAAGAAGGUGGUUUGCUUCAAGGAACCAUCCACAAUUGAUAUAUCUAAUGGUGAUAUUCUUCAGAGAGAGUCAUUGACAGAGGAAAACCCAAACAGUAGGUACAUACAGAAGGAUAUUGGCACACAGACAAGUUUGAAAUGCCAGAGAGGCAUUGAAAAUUGGGAGUUUAUUAGUUCAACUACAAUUAGAAAUCCUUUACAAGAAACAGAAAGCAAAGCCAGAGUGGCAUUGGGUAAAACUCUUAGGCAAUAUGAAGUAGCCAAGUCUGUACUGCGGUCUGAAUCUGAACGCUAUAGUGGAAUGAUUGGGAAUAAAAUUAUUAUCCCUAUGAUGACUAUCAUAAAAAGUGAAUCAAGUAGUGAAGCAAGUGAUGGAAAUGCUUCCUGCUCUUGGGACAGUAAUUUGCCAGAAUCUUUGGAAUCAGUUUCAGAUGUUCUUCUAAAUUUCUUUCCAUAUGCUUCAUCCAAGGCAAGCCUAACAGAUAGUAGAGAGGAAGAAGGUGUGUCAGAGAGUGAGGAUGGUGGUUGUAGUGUAGAUUCACUGGGUGCACAUGUGAGAAAUCUUCUGCAGUGUGAAUCCUCGUUGAAUCAUGCCAAGCAAAUACUUAGAAAUGCAGAAGAAGAGGAAUACCGGGUACGAACACGAGCCUGGAAUCUGAAGUUUAAUUUAGCUGAUGACCAUGGAUACUCUAUAUCAGAAUUAAAUGAAGAUGACAGAAGGAAAGUAGAAGAGAUCAAGGCAAAGUUAUUUGGUCAUACUAGAGCACCUGACUUGUCUGAGGGUUUACAGAGUCCCCGGGGAAUAGGAUGCACACCUGAACCUGUAUGUGGUCACAUUAUUAUUGAGAGCCAUGAAAAAGGAUGUUUCAGGACUCUGGCCGCUGAACAGCCACAAUUGGACAGCCCCUCUUGUGGCUUUAGAUCUGCUGAACCCUUGGAAGUGAACAGAGGACGACGGUGUCCCUCACCAUGGAGAUCCAGGCACAUCAAUUUCUCUAAAUCACUAGACCAGAACAACUCCCAUUUCAAAGUUUGGAAUUCCUUGCAGUUACAAAGUCAUUCCCAGUUUCAUAACAACAUCAGCAAAGGUUUUCGAAUGCCAUCCCAUGAACCUACUUGUGUGGAUUUUCAUUCUUCAACAAAAAUAUCUACCCCUGAGCCCAUGAGACAGUUUACUACCUCCAUCACAUUUUCAUCUCACCGACAUUCUAAAUGCAUUUCAGACUCCUCUGUUUUUAAGGUUGGUGUUACUGAAAGUAGUCAAGGUACUGGAACAUCUGUGGGGGUAUUUAAUUCUAAUGUCACUGAAGAGCAAAUUCCUCCUAGAGAUCUUAAACGGAAAACCUCCUCCCCUUCAUCACUUAAAACACUUAAGCACUCACCAGAUAAAGAUGUGAUUAUUGCCCCAGAAGGUAAUAGGCAAAGUGAAAAGACACCUGUUAAUUUUGAGCAUUCUUAUCAAGAAGAAAAACUGUUAGAAAGGUCAGAUUUUAAAGUCAGUCCUUCUAAGCCUAGUAACGGUGCAAAUUGUAGCAGUUUCAAGGAAGUUCAAUUUUCUGAUACCCCUACCCUCAUUAGCAUGAGCAGACCAAAUUCCACAUUAGGAAUAAAAGACAAGAGUAUAACUCCAGAUCUUCCUUCACUCGUUUGUCAUGAAAGAGAACUUUUUGAACAAAGCAAAGACCCACAUGCAGAUCACUAUGUGAGAAAACACCAUUCUCCCCCUUGUCCAGAUGUUCCUUCUUGCAUUUUUCUUGAACAACGAGAACUCUUUGAACAGAGUAAAUCCACACAUAUAGAUCAUGAGAUGAGAGAAAACCAUCCUUCCUAUCCCCAUUGUCAGGAUUAUAUAGCUUCAGAUCUUCCUCCUUCCAUUUUUCUUGAACAGCAUCAAAGCAAAGCCCCAGAUGUAGAUGAGCACAUGAAGAAAGACCAUUUUCUACUAUCUCAAGGUCAGGACUGUGUAGUAGAAAAGAACAAACAUACACCUAAAUCACACAUUUCUAAUAUAAAUGUUGAAGCUAAAUUCAGUAAUGUGACCUCCCAGUCACCUCCUGAUCAUUAUACAUUAGCAACAUCUGCAUCUGCUCCACCUUCAAAUAGAAAAGCACUUUCCUGUGUUCGUAUCACUCUUGGUCCCAAGACUCCUUCCAAGUUGGAUAGUGGAACCUUAGAUAAAAGAUUUUAUUCAUUGGAUCCUACUUCUAAAACAAGGAUGAAUAGUGAGUUUCACUCUGACCUACAAACUGUAUCUUCGAGAUCAUUGGGACCAACCUCCAAAUUAUUGACCAGUAAACCUGUAACACAGAAUCAAGAAUCUUUAGGUUUUCUAGGACCUAAAUCUCCACUGGACGUCCAAGUUGUACAGUCUCCUCUUCCAGAUAGUAAUAUUAUUGCUCAGGACUUGAACACUGUACCUUCUCAGAAUAGCCAGAUAACAACCUCAAGGCAAAUACAAGUGAACAUUUCAGAUUUGGAAGGAUAUUCCAAACCAGAAGGGACUCCGGUAUCUGCAGAUCGUUUACCAGAACAGAGUAAAACCCAACUUUCUGCCUUCUCUGGAAAGUUAUCAUCUGAUGCAGUCACGCAGAUAACAACAGAAAGUCCAGAAAAGACCAUGUUUUCAUCUGAGAUUUUUAUUAAUCCUGAAGAUCGUGGACAUGAAAUUCUAGAGCCCACUACUCAAAAGCUACAGAAAGUUCCUGGCAGGUUUGCUUCAUCAUCUUCCAUGCAACAGAUUACUUCUAAUCGUGGCAUAGAUGCCCAGCCUAUACUAUUGCCAUAUAAGCCAUCUGGUAGUCCAAAGAUGUACUAUGUUCCACAACUACGAACAGUUCCUCCAAUUCUGGAUUCCAAAUCAGACACCACCAUUGAGAGCUCACAUUCAGGAUCCAAUGAUGCUGUUGCUCCGGACUUUCCAACCCAGGUGCUUGGCACAAGAGAUGAUGACCUCCCAUCCAUUGUGAACAUUAAACAUAAGGAAGGGAUCUACAGUAAGAGAGCAGUGAAUAAGGCCUCCUUGUCAGUGGGGAAGAAACCCUUUCAGAAAGAUAAUGCAGAAGCCUCAGUUCAAGUGUCCAUUACUGGGGAUGAGAACCUUUCAGACAAAAAACAGAAAGAGGAUACCUUCAGUCAAGGGGGAAAGACUAAGACUGCCUGGCUUGAAGAACAAGAACCCUUGCAAAAAGACACUGCAGGUUCCAGUGAUGCUACUCCUGCUGAGCACACAGCUCAAGUACAAGGUGCAAAGGUUGAAAACCUGUCAGACAGUAAAGCCACUAAACAGGAGAUUGAUAUUAAGGCGACCAUUCAUAAAGAGGCCUGGACAGAGGAGAAAGAAUCCUUACACAUAGAUAUUUCAGAGUCUGAAUGUCAUUCUGAAUUUGAAAAUACUACUCAUUCUGUCUUCAGGUCAGCUAAGUUUUACUUUCAUCAUCCAGUGCACCUACCAAGUGAUCAAGAUACUUGCCAUGAAGCUUUGGGAAGGAGUGUUUUCAUGAGACAGUCUUGGAAAGAUAUUUUUCAACAUCAUUCAGACAAGCAUAAGGAACACACUUCUCUUUCUCCCUCUUAUCAAAAUGUGGACAAAACUAAGACCGAUUAUACUAGAAUAAAGAGCCUCAGUAUCAAUGUGAACUUGGGAGACAAAGAAGUGAUACAUACUACUAAAAGUCAGGGCAGAGAUCACCCAAAAAGUAGCAUGCAGAUUAAUGAUUCACAAAAGGACUGUAAGAUCACCUCAGAAAUAAUGACUCAGCACACUGUAAGUUUGAAUGAACUCUGGAACAGGUACCAGGAGCGACAGAGGCAACAGAAACCACCUGAUGUCAGUGACAGAACAGAACUAUCCUUAGUGGAACGACUUGAUCGGUUGGCUAAGCUUCUUCAGAAUCCCAUCACAAAUUCUCUCCAGGCCUCAGAAAGUGUGCAAGAUGAUAGCAGAGGGGAGCGAGAAAUAAAAGAAUGGAGUGGUAAAGAGCGGCAGAGAAAAAGCAAACUUCAGAAGAAGCAGUAUAAAAGUCCAGAGAAGGGGCAUAAAAACUUAGGUGAUCUUAAAAAACACAAGGUACUUUCUGGUCACCAGACUGGAGGCCCCAACCAGAUCAAAAUUGAACAGAUUAAAUUUGAUAAAUAUAUUCUGGAAAGACAGCCAUGUUUUAAUUCUGUCAGCAACACAUCUUCAGAUUCUAGGCCCUCAGAGGAAAGUGGUUUACUCACAGAAACUCCUACCAACAUUCUUUCUACCACCACUUCUGCGGACUCAGAUAUAUUGACCCAAACAGAUAGAGAGGUGGCUUUGCACGAAAGGAGCAGCUCCAUUUCCACCAUUGACACUGCCCGAUUGAUCCAGGCUUUUGGCCAUGAACGAGUAUGUUUGUCACCGAGACGAAUUAAAUUAUACAGUAGCGUCACCAACCAACGGCGGAGAUACCUUGAGAAGCGGUGCAAACACAACAAGAAAGCACUCAAUACAAGCCAUCCCCAAAUGACUUCUGAGCACACCCGAAGGAGGCACAUCCAGGUGGCACGCCAUAUUUCUUCUGACUCUAUUUCACCUGCCAGUAGCUCCUUGAGUUUGAACUGUACUCUUCGCAGUGAAAAAGAUGGGCACAAGUUAAACAAGGGCAUACAGGCUGGUAAUUUGGAGAUUGUGACUGGUACCAAAAAGCACACUCGUGAUGUUGGAGUGACUUUCCCAACUCCUACUAGCAGUGAGGCCAGAUUAGAAGAGGACAGCGAUAUAACUUCUUGGUCAGAAGAAAAAAUUGAAGGGAAGAAGCUCUUUGUUGAUUUUCUUGGAGACAAAAAGUUAAGGAAGAACAAGCCAAUUUCCUAUGAAGGAGUUUCAUGGUUUGUUCCUGUGGAAAAUGUGAAAUCUGGAUCUAAGAAGGAAAACUUGCCCAAGAUUUAUGGCCCUGGCAUCUCCUGGUUUGAACCAGUAACCAAAACUAAACCCUGGAGGGAGCCACUACGGGAAAAGAACUGGCAGGAACAAUGCAUGGAUGGUCAGGGAUCAGUGGCUGACCGAGGUGGAAAUGAUGGCCGAGGCCCACCGAGACCAUUUGUGAAAGCAACCCUACAGGAAUCACUUCACCUUCACAGACCUGACUUUAUCUCCCGCUCUGGGGAGCGGAUAAAACGCCUGAAGUUAAUAGUCCAGGAGAGGAAGCUGCAGAACAUGUUGCAGAGUGAACGGGAUGCGCUGUUCAACACUGUGUGUCCCCUUCCCAGGAGAGAGUGCCACUUCUUUCCUUAUGAAGUCACUGUGCACUGAAAACCACUUCUCUUGCUUAGUCUUCCUUGCUGCUGAGAAGAAGAAGCCUAUUGGAAAGAAGGAGAUGAUUCAGAGGUCUAAACGGAUUUAUGAGCAGCUGCCAGAAGUACAGAAAAAAA